CAAAAUUGUCGUCAGCCUCUACGUCAGUGUCCUUUUUCUUUCGGUUUUUUUAAUCCCGCCUCUCCAAAUUCCCCGUGAUGAACUCAUUGCUAAGAAACAUCAAAUGCCUCAAACUGCCGGCAGCGGCGUCCCCAUCAAAAAAAGCAUUUUCCGCGAUCGCCCUAGAAAACCACAACCACCAUCAAGCUGAUCGCGCCGCCUUACCCGUACUACCAAACAGCAACUUCGUGGACCCUCGCAGUAGUUCAAUCCAAGCAGAGCUCACGUCAACAUUCAAACAUUCAGACCAAAUAAACCUAGCACCAAGAUCCAGCAAAGCUCGGAAAAACACCACCUCGUUCACGGUAAUCGCAUCCAAGAUUAGAAGGAAUUUUAGUCAAAAGAGGCCGGCCAGAGCCACCUAUUAUAGAAGGCAGGUGGACAAGAGGACCGAGGAGGGCUUUAGGGACAAGAUCCAUGAAAGACCCUGUAUAAAGCCGAUAAAUGAUCGGGUCGUGAAACAAUCCGUCUCUUCGUCGCGUCGAAUCGGCAACAUUUUGAAACUGAACGAGAGCGUGCAGGCUAGAAUAGAACAGAAAAAGUUCUUGGACGCGCAGUGCGCGAACAAGCUCGACCAUUUCCUCGCGAAUCACGAAUGCAAGCAGUGCGUGUCGAAAAACCGACGGCGCCUGGCGAGCUUUUUCGAAAAGAACUCUCCCAAAAUGGGGAAAUUCGGGCACGGAAACAGGUUAUUCAGUUCGUGCUGUAACCUCCACCAGAAGAACCUCGACGACGGCGUCGAAGAUCAGGCCCAGUCUGCUGCGAGCACGACACCGUACGUGACGGUCAGGAGCAACGGGUUACCUUGUAAACCAAACGAGUGUCCGAUCUCCCUAUUCGAUCUGGUCAAGCUGCAGUCGAGCAGGCCAAAGUUCCAGCCGGUGCACAGGUACAAGUUCGAGUCGAAAACCCAUAGUGACGUUUACGAGUUUGACAAAAAUGAAGUGCCGGCCAAAAAGAAACCGAAAUCCACCACAUCUUCUCCGAUUGCGAGCAAAGCUCGCCCCGAGGACGUGGAGAAAGUUAAAUCCACGAAAUCGUGUUCAGAAGUCAGCGAGAAAGCUGGGGAGCUUAACGCGGAAGCUUCCACGGUGGCCAGUAACAGCAAAGAUAAACCGACGACGCCCAAAACUAAGAAACCGAACGACGACAGAGAAGUUUACUUUAUCCAUCCCAAGGACAGCUUGAACCAGAAAAUAUGCAGCGCCCUCAACACCGUUCCCAAGGUCGAAAUCGGAGAGAAGUCUAAAGAAAUGAUAGCGAGGGCCAUUCGACAGAUGAUACAACCUGUUAUCGAGAAGGAGUUUCUGAAAUACGACGAAGUCAAGAAAGCGCUCGACCGCAUGGAGAGGAAUCUGGAAUCUUGUCUGAGUAAACUGAGUCUUCACGACGCGUACUCCAUCCAACAGCUCGGAAAUCGCGCUAUAAGGGAUACAAAUAGGAAGCCGGACAUUCGAGAGCCCAUCAGGCCGAAUGAAUACAGAGACCCUUCGAAAACUGCUCCAGUUAUCUCGCCCCACAAAUACGAUCCACUUAAGCGAAACCAAUUCAAAGUAGAAAACAAGAUCGGUGGAAGCCGGAUAAUUAAUCCAGCGAGGCAUGUGAUUGCCGACAUCAACAAGAGCCAUGACGGGUACAAGAAGCAGGAAGACCUAGUCAACGAGUUUAAGCAGCAGGAACUACGUAAAGAACCCAGGGGAGAGCAAGAAUCAAAUCAACUUGCACUCAAAGAGGCAAAGAAUCAGUGUCGCAAGGAUUCUGGUUUGGAAUUCAAAGAAGAUAAUGAAACUUCCAACCUUCAACAAAGAGCUAAGAUCAACGACGAUUGUCGAGAGGAAAUGGAAACCACAGCAAAUCCAGCGGAAUCGGUUGUAAUGGAGGCCGAUGACUCCAGACUUUUCCGACCAAAACCAAACGAAAAUAUAGCUGGAAUGCCGAACAAUCCACUCCAUAAGAGCUCGAAAAGCAGUUGGCAGCCUAUCGCCAUCGAUGGCAAGAAGAUGGGAGAUUCGCAAAUUUUUGAUGGGAAAAGGAAACUUCAAACAGACACAUCGCCUUCCUCUGCUACGAAAGAAGCAACAGAAACAGAUAAGCCGAGAAGUUUUCUCAGCAACUGCAGUGGGAAAGUGUCGGACGUUUGCAUGAUGAUCAUCAGGAAACAAAAGGGCGGCAAAAAGGCGGCCCCCAUCGUCGUAACGCUGGCCAGAUCUCAACCCAACCUGGGCUCGUUCGGCAUGACGUCUGGAUCUGGCGCUGUCGGUUCUGAUGGAAGCGGCCGAAACACCGGAGGAAAGGGAGGUGGGUCAAGCAUGGACUGCGCUUCGUUUUCCAUCUUCGGGAAAGGUAAGGGAAAGAAGAAGAAUAAGGCGAAGAAUUCCACGAAGAACCCAUCCAACACAAGCGGAGGGAGCAACCCCGGAAGAGGUAAACCAAACUCAUCCAUAAGAGGGGCGAAAACCAAAGAAAUGAAACCAACCAUCCCAAAGGAUUGCGUAAAAGGAGAGCAAGGUAGUGGUAGCAAUGCCAACGCAGACUCGUGCAUUCCGUGCGAGUUUGAAGACUACACCGCUAGAUGUAAACCUGAGAGAAGAGGUACGUCGUCUGCUUCCCAAGACCCUAGAGGUAUUCCAGAACAGGACGCCGAUGCUUAUAACUGCGUAAAAAGGAAGCAGACCGCAAGCGGUUGCGCGAAGUCGACAGACGCCUCAGCAAUUAAAGAGCCCGUAAAGCAAAAGCUCAUGGAUAACGAGUGCAGAAAACCAGGCAGUACAGAUCACAAAGUAGACAAAGCUGCGAAAGAUACGUCAAGUGAUUGCAAACAAAAGGCUAGAGAUGCAAGCAAAAUCACACAACAUGCCGAAGCUGCGAAAGAUGAUUUGAACGAUUGCAAGCAAAAAGCUAGAGACGCGAGCAAAGCUGCAAAACAUGUUGAAGCCGCGAAAGAUGAUUCCAACGAUUGCAAGCAAAAAGCCAGAGAUGCGAGCAAAGCUGCAAAACGAGCUGAAGCUGCGAAAGGUGAGUCAAAUGACUGCAAGCAAAAAGCCAGAGACGCGAGCAAAGCUAGUACAAGUUCCGACAUGGCCGAAGUCUGUGGAUCAUCUAAAAACAUGGCCCAAAACACCAAUUGCGAUACGGACAAUAUUUCGGCUGAGAUUGCUAGCGAAGCAGCGAAGCUGCAAGAGUUUUGCAAAAACUUGAAAGCGCAGAAAGGCAAAAUGGAGGGUCAGAAGCCGCCAGAUUGUCAACAACAAAAGCAGGACGAUACGAAGUCGCAAACUUUAAACAGAAAAGACGUCUGCAAACAACUGAAGCAAGAUAGAGCCGGCACCAAAGCCAAGAGCGGAGCUUGUUCCGAUAAAGACAGCAAGGACAAGUUCGAAGAGAUAUGCGCUAAGUUGAGGGAGUCCCGACAAUCCAAAACGAACGACUGUACGCCGAAGAAGAAGAGCGAAGAUGUUGGUAGCGGAAAGGCUGGAGGCGAAAAGUCUUGUUCAAAAGGUGGACCACCAAAGGAAGGUAAGUCAAACGACUACAGUUGCGUAAAAAAGAAGGAAACGAGUUCUCAAGAAGUGGGGUGUAAAAAUGACGCGAGCAUAGCGCCCAACGCGUGCCAAAGGUUAAAAGAAGAACUGGCAAAGGGUGGGAGUAAGAGAAAUGUGUGUGGCAGGCCGGUAGACGUCAAGUCAGACAGGAAGUCCAAAUACGACAAGUAUCCGUGGAACGAUCAAUGCAAGAAACAACCCAAGGAGUGUAUGGUGACGAAGGCAUCUGAGCGAACAGAUGGACUGGGAGCGGCAAAGAGCGAGCCCUGCGUAAGGAACGACAAGGGAGGCCACACUGAGAGACCAAGACCAUGCAGUGGUGAAGCUGGCAACGCUGCAGGUGGGAAAAAAUGUUUUGGUAACUCCAAGUCGUCCGUUGUUUGCCCUUCGAGAGAAUGCUUAGUCCAAAUUUCGGAAUGCCGCUCAGUCGAGAGCGCCAAAGCUAGAACGCUCAGAUAUCCGUGGAACCAGCAGCCGAAGUUGUUCGUCCAGAAAAAUACCUCGACUACAACAAAGUUUAUCUAAUUGUCGUUGCGUUAAUUGGGACUGUUGAGAAUGAAAUCCAAAAAUUCAAAUCUAACGAAAACCAAAAAGAAGGUCUUAAUAAUUAAACGGCAGUAUUUAGUGAACUUGACGUUUUUCUUUUCUUAUUUUUUUUACAUUUCCAAGACUAUUCGUUAAUCGCCUAGUGCAUUUCAGAAAAACGUGCCCGCAAGAUUGUUCCCUCAAUUUUCUGCGCAACAGAUUCCUACGCAAGAUGAAUGAAUAAUGAGUCGUUAAUAGAAAAGAUAAAAUCUGCGGUUUUCACAUUUUAAACAAUUUCAACAUUUCUCUUACGAAAAACGCAGGUUUUUGGUGGUUACGUUUUGGUUUGUACACCCAACAAAUGUUAAUAAACCUUCAAUUUCAAUCAGAGCAUGGAGAGGUCGCCUUUAUGUCAUUAUCCAUUCUUUUAAAUGAAGCUAUUUUUUCUGUUUUUUUUUCUCGGCCUUAAUGUCAAAGUAAAAGAGCUCUGUUGAAAGACAAGAAUUAAUUGGUGAAGUUAGAGGUUUGCUGUACUUGUGCAGUAAAGAAGUUUUCUAUGUCGUUUAUGUAACAUAUAUAAAGUUUUCUCGCUAUUCGUUCGUUUGUUGCGUUCUGACUGUAAUCCUCAGAUGUUGAGACAAAAAAUAACAUAAACGAAACAAAAAAAUCUUUCUCCUCAAGACUUAAUAGUAAUUAAGUUAUUCAAAACAGAAAAAACUUUUAAACCGACGUAUCGAUAUUAUGAAAUGAUCAUUAUCGAGGUUUCCAUCUCAAGCAACAGAACAAGGAAACAUUUUUAUAGGUCAAAUAAAAAAUAAUUGCUUUCCAAGUUUUUUG